GAGCGCCCCGGGCGCUGCGGGCCAUGCCCUUCUCCAACAGCUCUGACCUCAGCCCGUCCUUCAUCCUGGCCAGCAUCCCGGGCCUGGAGGCGGCGCAGUCCUGGAUGGCCAUCCCGCUGUGCUCGGCCUACAUCCUGGCGCUGGCGGGGAACUGCGCCGUGCUGCUGGUGGUGCGCGCCGAGCCCAGCCUGCACGCGCCCAUGUACUUCUUCCUCUGCAUGCUGGCCGCCAUCGACCUGGCCCUGGCCACGGCCACCGUGCCCCGCGUCCUCUCCUUCUACUGGUUCGACAGCAGGGAGAUCAGCUUCGCCGCCUGCCUGCUCCAGAUGUUCCUCAUCCACACGCUCUCGGCCGUCGAGUCCACCGUGCUGCUGGCCAUGGCCGUGGAUCGCUACGUGGCCAUCUGCCACCCGCUGCGCCACGCUGCCGUCCUCACCAACGGCGCCACGGCCAAGAUCGGGCUGCUGGCCCUGGCCAGAGGGGUGCUCUUCUUCCUGCCCCUGCCUCUGCUCCUGCUGCCCCUCCCCUUCUGCGGCCCCCGCCUGCUGUCCCACUCCUUCUGCCUGCACCAGGACGUGAUGAACCUGGCCUGCGCCAACACCACCCCCAGCGUGGUGUACGGGCUCACCGCCAUCCUGCUGGUCAUGGGGCUGGACGCCGUCCUCAUCUGCCUCUCCUACAUCCUCAUCCUCAGGGCCGUCCUGCGCCUCGCGGCCUGGAGGGAGCGGCUGAAGGUGUUCAGCACCUGCAUUGCCCACGUCUGCGCGGUGCUGGCCUUCUACGUGCCCCUGAUCGGGCUCUCUGUGGUGCACAGGUUUGGGAAGGACCUGGCCCCACUGGUGCACAUCAUCAUGGGCAACAUCUACAUCCUGGUGCCCGCUGUGCUCAACCCCAUCAUCUACGGGGUGAGGACCAAGCAGAUCCAGAGGAGGAUCCUGAGUUUGAUUCACGUCACCGGCAGAGCUCCGCGGUGACCUGAGCCAGACUGUCCUCUCCG